GCUUGUCGCUUUGCUUUUCGUACGAGUAAUGAAUUAAUAACGCCAAAAAAACGAACCUCAAUCGUUGCAAAUUGCCUCUUUUGCAAAGUACUUCGAGAUUUUUUCAACUCAACCAAGUCACAGAUAUUGGACUCGUAUUGGUUUUUGCGUAGAAAGGCACUUUCGGGGGCAGUCGCAGUCUGACUGUUGCUACAUUAUAAGCACUGUACCCUGCUCGCGAGUCGUGAGUAAAUUCAUCGAAAAACAGCUUGAAAUGAAUACGUUAACCGAGUGACAUUCCGUUUCCGUGCGACUCAAACAUGGCCGAGGAACUGCAGCGAGUCGAUUCUAAUCUCAAGCCGAGCGAACUGAAGGCGGCAUUCAAGCGAAGCCGGGACAUCGAUGCGCUGUUGGACAAGGAAAGAGAAUUGAAAGAGAAAGAAGUACAGCUGUUGAUUUUGGAUUCCACUUUUUUUGAUCUCGAUCAGGUGCUGAGCGCCGCAGAGCAUAAGCCCCUUGGGUUGCAUGCAGCUAUUUUGAGAAAGGACCUCCAUCAGGAGCUACUAGAACAUGCCGACUCAGAAGACAGUGAAAAUAACAACUUUUCGCUGGCAGACAGAGUUCCGUUGCUAACAAAAUUCUGGAACGACUCCUCAGUACAGACUUGCUUUGGCCAAAGAAAUUUGUUUUACAUCGACGAUUCCGCUAAAUAUUUUUUUGAGAAUCUCGAAAGGCUAUCACAUCCCGAUUACAUCCCAACACACGAGGAUAUUCUGCACGCUAGGCAACAAACUCAAGGUGUUCAAGAAAGAAAAAUUUCAGUAAACAGUUACAAUUACAGAGUUAUAGAUGUUGGAGGACAAAAAAGUCAACGCAAAAAGUGGAUUCAUUUCUUUGAAGGUGUAACAGCCGUUGUGUUCUUUGUGUCAUUGAGUAGCUACGACGAAUUCGUCGAGGAGGACGAAAAUUCGAAUGCUAUGCAUGACAGCCUGGAGUUAUUUGAAGAAAUCAGUCAAAAUGCUUUCCUUGAGAAGACGGAAUUUAUUCUCUUUCUUAACAAGCAUGACUUAUUCGUGGAGAAGCUGAAGACGUCAAAUCUGUCUGCGUGCUUUCCCGACUACGACGGAGGUCCAGACCCCGAGAUAGGUUUAAAUUACAUCCGGGAGUUGUUUUUGUCCAAGAAACCCGCUGACAAGCACAUGUAUUUGCACGUGACAUGUGCAACAGACACUGACCUAAUGAAAGCGGUGUUGAAAGAUGUGUUUGAAAUUUUAGUCGAUAUAAACCUGAAGAAACUCUCCACACUUUAACUAAGAGGUAGUCUGAAAAGGCAAGCUCCGAUGUGCGAAACCUGUCGCCAGUUGUGGCACCCAUCCUAGUCACGAAUGGGCAAAUGUAACAACUGUUAAACGCGAACCUUCCCAUUUUUUUAAUCCCUACUUAUCAGAAUUUUCUUACCUCCAAAUUAGGCGAAAAUGAGCGACGCCGAGAUUAACCAUUAACGCGAACUUAAGUAAACUUAUUUUGAAAUAACUCCGAAAAGUCCCAUUACAAUCGACAUCUCUAAGUUUCUGCUUGUAGUUAACGGACCUACAGCAUUACAACUGCUCUUCGAAAAGGGAUCACUCACGUUCGCUUAAGCUCAGAAUUGCUUGUGAUUAUAAACGUUUUAUAAAAGUUAUGAUGAAAUAAAGGUUUGAAGUCUUUCUUGCAA